AUGUGCUCGAAGCGACGAACUCGGUUCCUGGCGGUUUGUGCUGGCCUCCUUCUUGCAUCGGCUGCCGUCAAUACACUUGUGACAAUGAAGCUAGUGAAGGAGGGUCCUUUGACAGAACUAUGGAGAAGUAGUCCCCACGAUGUCAAGUCCUUUGCUCAGACCGCAGAAAGGAAGCGAAGAAGACCUCACCCCUCCAAGGCACACAAGAAAGAUAAGGCACAACAUGCUGCUAUCAUGAAGUCGCUGCUAAGACGACAAGUCGAACUUCACAUGCCCAAUCCAAGUCAAGCUGACGCCGCCAAUGCCGCCGCGGCGCAAAAAAGAAGACUUGCACGUGUACAAAAUGUUGUACAGCAAGCAACCGGAGACACAAAGAGCACGGAGCCGGAACACGCCAAUAAUGGCGUCACCCCUCAAAAAGCUCGACCCAUGCAAGUGUACUUGCCAGAUAGCUCAAGCAAUGCAGUGGAAGAAAAGCGCUAUCCGCCGUCGUUCGCCACCACCCCAACAAGAAGAAACAUCGAAAUACCAGAACCAUUGAGAGCGCCAAACCAACCGAGCCAAAACACAAACAUGCCCUCAAAUUUCGCCAAGGCAUCAAUAAGCAAGCGUAUUAUAGUCACCCUACCUCCAGAUCUAGUAAAAGCUACAAAGAACAAGAUGCUGCCUGAUUCUGCCGCUGCAUCUAUACGAAAGGGCAUCAUAGGUUCGUUACGAAAGAACACUAAGCAAAACCCACUAACUGACAAUACCAACAAUGGUGUUAGCGAGCACUUGGUUGGUCCACCAAAGAAGAAGACAAUGCCACCGGUGCCGAUCAUAUCACUGCUACGAAACAAGGAGCAAAAGAUGACAAAGAAAGGUGUUAAAACGACAACAAAGCAUGCCACGAAAACUGCAAUGGCGACCAAGGGAAACAAAAGAGCGCAAAAGACGAACUUACCAAAUACAGUGGGAAGGAAGACUGCAAAGGGAGACAAGAAAGCUGUGGCAUCGUCGGCGAAGGGACAAACUCAAGUGCACAAAGACUUUCCAAAGAAAGGUGGAAGGACACCUGCAAAUCGAGACGAGAAAGCUGCAGCGGCGUACGCAACACCGAAACGGAGGCGGACGGCAGUGAUAAUGGAGGAGGAAGAACAGCACAAUACGAAGCGCCAGCACAAGAGCAACAAGAAGAACACAAUUGGACACGUCAAGCCAAUGACGAACAAGAAGAUACAAGUUUCAAGUAACGCUACUUCAAAUGUCGUGCGUGAAGCUGUUGCGGCGGCCAGCGUGAAAGCAUCCCAGCAUGCCACAGAAGAUGACGUUUGCGGUGGAUGCCGCUUCACAGAAGCCGGUGACAGGCCAUUCAAGACGUGUGGUUACUUUGCAAAUGAAAUAUCCCAACGCAACAAUGUGUCCUACCCGGAAGCUCUCAGAAUCUUGGUUCUAGAACAAGGGAACAACAAGUGCCGCCAUUGCCUCACCUGCAAGAAGCGCCACAAACAGUACUGGCGAUACGAUGAUGCAGCUCCCAAAAUUUUGAGAGCCGAAAGCUACUAUCUUCCUUCCAUCAGUAAACAGUGGCGCAUCCCAGCUUCCAUAUUGACUGGUACGGACGACAAUCAGGAAUCUCGCGUGCUCGACUACUUUUCCGAUCCCCAAAACGCCUACCCUGGUCGACGUUACUUAUUCGAGUAUAACCCGAGCAUAAUAAGGUUGCCGGCGGACCAGAAACCCGACAUUCCUGGAGAAGAUCCAGUGUACCUUGCAUCCUACAGGGUAUCCACACAGCAAAACUGUUUUCGAUCCAAUGUUACCUUGGCCAUGAUUGGAGGUUCUUGGGACCGUGAAAAACGUCCAAGGCAACUUGACCUUUUGGGAUUGGCGUUGCUGAGAUCUGACCUUUCAAUUAUACACGACAAUGCUGUGAAUAUUCAAAUGCAUUUUGGUCCACGCGAGGACUUUCGCUUGUUUGUCCUACACGGGCAAAUUUACGUCGCAUCAUACUGCGCAAUGCUUCCACUGUGGGUGAAGCCGGUUUCGUCCAUGAAAGGGAAGAAAACUGUCAACGGCAUGUUCCCGAGCAAGCUACAAGUGACCGUGGGAUCCGAGCGCACGAUGUGCUCCAGGUAUUGGAAAGACAUUGACAAGUCCAAGAAUCUGAACUACUUUGUGGAUGCGGACAAUAACACAAUGGUCGAAAUGUUCCCCUUACCACACGUCCUGCACAAGGUUGACCCAACUGGCAAAACUCCAGCACCCAAUCCAGAAAACGCAACAAGGGACGACACCGUUCCAUAUCCAAGCUUUUACACCAUGGAGGAAUACGAUCUGCACUAUCGUCACAACUUCUUUGAAAAUCCGUUCUCCUACGCUCGUGGAGGUGCCUGCUGUGUUCCAUUUACGGACCCUCGGCCGCCAAAGAGACGAAGCCUCACUGCCCAACCAGAGAGCAAAGAGUUACGCCUUGGUUUGGUUCAUGUGAAAACGCCCCACGGACGCGCCAAGUUCCAGAGUGUGACCGAACCCAAUCAGUACUUGUCACGAUUCUAUGCCUUUGAACCUACAUCACCUUACAAGGUUGUUGCCAUGUCUGGAUAUUUCUGUCUUCCUGCUGACCCCAGCAAACAUGUCCUUUUUGGCAAUAAGAAUGAUGAAAACAAAAACCCUUAUUUGAGCAUCAACCAGGACUGGAACAGCCUGAGUGUUGCUGGUGAAGACUACAGAUGCCCUUCCAUUCACUUUGUGACUGGAAUGGUCGAGAAAGCAGACGAUCCCUCAAGGUUGAUUAUUGCCUAUGGUGUCAACGAUUGCACAUCAUGGUUUGUGGAAGUUUCCAAGGCAGAAGUCAUCGACCUGCUAUUCAGACCGCCACGGAUCGUCAAGAAGAAACCCAUUCCAAUUCUGCCAGCCCAGGAAGGUUAG